ACCUGGGGUUUCCCAUUUAAAAGUAUUGCAGUGAUACUAAUCUAUCUUCAGUACAAAAGCAGACACACAAGCAGGUGGAGUCAAAACUGCCACACGUGACAAGGUGCAGACUUUUAUAGAGGUGUGCUUUUAUAGGAAAGCACUUUCACAAAGGCCUGCUAUGGAGAAAGGUUAUUUACUUGUGCGCCAACGGAGUGAAUUUUGUGUAGACUGAUUAUUGGAUAUUAACCAUGGAGCUCAAUGGGAUACUGAAUGGAGAUCAGAUCAAUGUUCUCUCUACUGUGUACUUAGUGUUUCUCACUCCCAGUGUGAUUGGGAGUUUUUCUGUCCUGGUGGUUUCCACAGUGAAAUGGAGGCAUCUCAGACAACAGGUGCACCUCCUGGUGCAGCUUGCCCUGGCAGACCUCCUGGCUGCUCUAAUCUUGAUUUCUGCCACUGUCAUGAACAACAUUAGCACCGUCUACAGUGUAGCCAUCUGCCAAUACAGCCUGCCACUGUCACUGACAUUUUACUUUAUUUCAUUUCUGCUGGUGGUGGUUUAUGCUUGGAAGUCGAAAAAUGCACUCCAAGGAUGGAGAGCGAGACCAGCAGAGGAUGAAGGUGGACAGAGUCAGUGCAGAAGGAAAAUAGUAGCUAUACCUGUAUAUGCCAUGGUGUGGUUGAUCCCCAUUGCAAUUUACUUAGCAUAUGUGUUCACUCCCUUCAUAAAAUCGACUCUGCUGAUUCCGAUCGCUGACAGAUCAGAGAUUGUCCAUAAUGACACCAAGUACUGCAACAGUUGUAUUUUGUUUUUGCAUGUCUGGAAGGACUCCUGCUCCGAUGCUGAGAAAAUCCAUGAUACUUUCAUCAGAGUUUUUCUUUUCAUUGUGGUGAUACCAGUGUUUCUGUCUUGUUCUGUAAUUUAUUAUAAGGUUGGUAAAUGGUAUGAAAGACAUCAGCAUCAGUUUCUUUUUCCAGUGGAAGGAGAUGGACGUUCAAGAAGGAGAUUCAAACAAGGGAUUUCUACAGCAAGAAAAAUGGUGAUGGUCAUCUUAAUCUGCUGGGCACCAGCUCUUGUCCUCAUUCUGCUGUCCACCCUCAUGAUAUGGACAAACAUUGAACAGCGCAGCCUGUUUGGCCUUUACAUGAUACAGGCUGCUAGUGUGUCCCUGCAGGGUUUCCUGAACAGUAUGGUUUAUGCCUGGAGACGGCCAAACUUCACAGAGGCUGUUCUCGGGGAGAACACACCCCUGGUGGCACACGAACACAUGGCCUUCUUUGAUGAAUCGCUGAGGAGCUCAUCAUGAUUGUUGACUCUAAACACACUAAGAGAAACUGUUGGCACAAUUUGCUGUCUUGAGGAAGACUGACUGCCUGCCUGCACACUUCAUGGCUUCAUGACAUUGUUGACUGAACAUAGUAAAGUGCUCUCAUUCGCAGGCAGAGGAUGAAGAGAAAUAGAACAAAAAGAUGAAAGAAACUAAAGGAACAACCAAAGACUGACGCAGUGCUACUGACUGUAGCAUAUUAUUAACAUAAAUGGGGACAAAAAGGACAUCUGCAAAAAUUCUAGACUAGUGUUGUAUUCAUAUGUGUUAUUAAUGUAUAGUUUUACCAAAGUUUUAAAAGAUGUCACAGAUGGAAUUAUUGCAGUGUGUGAUUUCUAUGUCAUAUUUUAUCAAAUGUGUAUGUAUUGUUUAAUAAAGUGCUUUUUAACUA